GGGACCCACCAGAUUGGACCCUGCAUUGGAAAUUAUCUGCUAAGUAGAUAUCUGCUUCCAAACUGGGGAUGCAGGGCUUUGAAACUAGAAAAUGUCAGGUCUGAGAGAGAGAAAGGAACAAGUCCAGCAAUACACAGAGCUCUGUGUAUUCAGAGGGAAGUUGGCAGGCUUGUGCUCAGGCAGAGGAACUCCGAGUGGUACAAAGCGACGUGCCCAGAGUGGAGAAAUCAUGCUAAUUGUCUGCACUAGAGCUGGAGAACGCCACCCAAAAUGAAGAGAGAAAGGGGAGCCCCGUCCAGAGCCUCCAGUGCCCUGAGCCUCACUCCUUUUGUCUACCUUCUUCUGAUCCAGACAGACCGCCUGGAGGGAGUGAACAUCACCAGCCCAGUGCGCCUGAUCCACGGCACAGUCGGGAAGGCAGCCCUGCUCUCUGUGCAGUAUAGCAGCACCAGCAGUGACAGACCUGUGGUCAAGUGGCAGCUGAAGCGGGACAAACCAGUGACCGUGGUGCAGUCCAUUGGCACAGAGAUCAUUGGCACCCUGAGGCCGGACUAUCGAGAUCGCAUCAGGCUCUUUGAAAAUGGCUCCCUGCUUCUCAGUGACCUGCAGCUGGCCGACGAGGGUACCUACGAGGUGGAGAUCUCCAUCACAGAUGACACCUUCACUGGAGAGAAGACUAUCAACCUCACUGUGGAUGUGCCCAUUUCAAGGCCGCAGGUGGUAGUGGCUUCGACCACUGUGCUGGAGCUCAGUGAGACCUUCACCCUGAACUGCUCCCACGAGAACGGCACCAAACCCAGCUACACCUGGCUAAAGGACGGCAAGCCCCUGCUCAACGACUCUCGCAUGCUCCUGUCCCCUGACCAAAAGGUGCUCACCAUCACCCGUGUGCUCAUGGAGGAUGAUGACCUAUACAGCUGUGUGGUGGAGAACCCCAUCAGCCAGGGGCGCAGCCUGCCUGUCAAGAUCACCGUUUACAGGAGAAGCUCCCUCUACAUCAUCUUGUCAACAGGAGGCAUCUUUCUCCUUGUGACCUUGGUGACCGUCUGUGCCUGCUGGAAACCAUCCAAGAAGAAGAAGAGGAAGCUGGAGAAGCAAAAUUCCCUGGAAUACAUGGAUCAGAAUGAUGAGCGUCUGAAAGCAGAAGCAGAUACCCUCCCACGGAGCAGCGAUCAGGAGCGCAAGAAUCCCAUGGCUCUGUACAUCAUAAAGGACAAGGACUCCCCAGAGCCUGAGGAGAACCCCGCCCCGGAGCCUCGGAGUGCGACAGAGCCGGGGCCGCCCGGUUACUCGGUGUCCCCAGGCGUCCCUGGCCGCUCGCCCGGGCUGCCCAUUCGCUCCGCCCGCCGCUAUCCGCGCUCCCCAGUGCGCUCGCCCGCCGCAGCCCGAACACACACGUCGCCGCCGCGGGCUCCCAGCUCCCCCGGCCGCUCGCGCAGUGCCUCGCGCACUCUGCGGACUGCGGGUGUGCACCUAAUCCGCGAGCAAGACGAGUCCGGCCCGGUGGAGAUCAGCGCGUGAGCCGCUGCG